GGCUGUCAGGGACUGAUUCCGGGCUGAAGACUGGAGUAAAUGCUCGUACAUAACCCUCUGGCAUUAUUCAACAUAAACCAUCACAAUUACCAUGACAAAUCCCCUAAAACAAGCCCCAAAACUUGGACCUCGGUCACGGCUACACUCUCUGCAGCUCCCCUCCUUCGGCUAGAUGACCGGUCACGAGACUCCGCCAUUCCUCUGAGCUCUCAACUCCUCACCGCGGAUUAUUAUUCCCUCGACUCGUUCCCGCUCUCCUCCGCUGUUUUCCUUCUUGUGGACGGGUAUCUUAGGUUAAAUAUUUCUUUGUCUCUUCACAUUGUCUAGGAAUGGUCUCUCCAGCAGUACGGGUGGCCCCCUCCGCCGCCAACAGAGCCCUCGGCCUCCUUCGCACGGUGCAAUACACGCAUCCGCCUACCUGUCCCUGCCACUCGAACCCCAACCAUCACCAUCACCACCAUCCACAGACCCCGUCGUUGGCAAGCCAUGUGCGACGGCAUUUUGCCACACCUGUGGACUCGUCUCGCGAGAAGGAAUAUGCCUUUGAGAUGGCCGCGUCGAGUAUCCGGUUCGGUCCUGGUGCUACCAAGGAGGUCGGCAUGGACUUCAAGAAUAUGGGCGCCAAGCGGGUGUGUGUCGUGACAGACACUACUGUCGGCAAGCUGGAUGCCAUGAAGCAGGCGAUCGAGGGGCUGAGCCGCGAGGGGAUCGAGUUUACGGUCUUUGAUAAGGUCAGAGUGGAGCCGAAGGAUAGCUCAGUCAAAGAGGCUAUUGCUUUUGCGAAACCUUAUAACCCAGAUGCUUUCCUUGCUGUUGGCGGCGGCUCGGUCAUCGACACGGCAAAGAUGAUGAAUCUGUACACGGUGUUUCCAGAAGCAGACUUCCUUGACUUUGUGAAUGCGCCGCUGGGCAAGGGACUUCCCAUAACCAAGCCGCUGAAACCUCUUGUAGCCGUCCCGACAACCGCAGGCACCGGGUCCGAGACCACGGGAACGGCCAUCUUCGACCUGGUGUCGAAAAAGGCUAAAACGGGCGUCGCCCAUCGCAACCUCAAGCCUACCCUGGGAAUCUGUGACCCGCUCAACACCCGCACCAUGCCGUCCGCGGUUCACGCCUCGUCAGGCCUCGACGUCCUAUGCCACUCCCUGGAAUCGUGGACGGCCAUCCCUUACAACGAGAGAACCCCUCGUCCCACCAACCCGAUCAACCGGCCGGCCUACCAGGGUGCCAACCCCAUCUCGGACAUCUUCUCCCUGCAGGCCCUGCGCAGCACGGUCAAGUACCUGCCUCGCGCGGUCAAGGACCCGGACGACUUCGAGGCACAGUCCAACAUGCUUCUGGCCGCCACGCUGGCGGGCGUCGGGUUCGGCAACGCCGGCGUCCACCUGUGCCAUGGGAUGAGCUACCCCAUUUCCAGCCAAAACCCAGGAUACAAGCACCGCGGCUAUGACGUGGAGCACACCAUCAUCCCGCACGGGGUCUCGGUCGCGGUGACCGCGCCAGCAGUCUUCCGCUUCACGGGGGCCUCAAACCCGGAUCGCCACCUGGCGGCCGCGGAAGCUUUCGGCGUGGACAUCUCCAACGUGAAGCGCGAAAGUGCCGGCGAGGUUCUUGGGGCGGCCAUCGCCGAGUUCCUGAUCAAGCUGGGCGACCAGCCCCGCGGCCUCAAGGAUCUGGGAUUCAACGCCUCGGACAUCGACGGCUUGAUCGAGGGGACCAUCCCGCAGAAGCGAGUCUUGAAUCUUGCCCCGAGCCUGAGCGAGGAGCUCGAGGAGGAAAAGAAUGAGCUACGCGCUCUCUUUGAGCAGUCGCUGGAGUAUUGAACGGUCGCCAUUCUGUAUAAAGCUCUGUAUCAAGGUUAUCAUUCUAUACUACAUUAGUGCAGACA